AUGCGUUCAAAUCGUCGUCGAUCCCUUUAUAAACGUACACAAACCAACUCGCCUAGACAGCUUCCUCCAACGAUAACCAGCAGUUUCAACUGGUGGCCAUAUCCUUCCUGGGGUGCAACCACUACCUCUACACCAGCCCAGGCAAUAGCUACUAUUACCACCACAGUCUUGCCUAUCCAGCCGGCAACAUCUACCACGGCUACUCCAGAAGUCCUUUCUUCUUCCCUCAUCGCACCCAGUAUCGCCACACCCGUUUCCUCGAAUUCAAGUUCAAGCAUCGGUUCCUCAAUCACUUCUCCUCCUUCUGAUAGCCAUGGGAUUACCACAAUAACUGGAACUCGCGAUUCUCAGUCCGGCGCACCUUCAACCGUCGUAGAAUACCCCAAGGUUCACCCUGCCUCAAACAAUCAAAAUCUGAACAUGAUCCUCAUACCGGUGUUUAUUGUUCUGGGGUUAGUUGUCGGAAGCGUCAUUGCUUGGUUUGCUUACGGCUGUUUCACUCGUAAACCUGAAAGGAGGAGAAGAAGAAGUGAACUGGAAGUCGGCCCAGCUUAUUGUCCCUCCAGCCUCAGUUCCAAGGGAACAGGUUCAAUACAGGAGAAGAUACCUCUUAGUGGAGGAGAAAGAUGCGAUGACCGUGACGCUGCUUCUGACGAUGGCCACAGCUGGCAUGCAUUGGAUGUUAAUGACGACCACGACGCCAUACCUACCGAUGAGCGCGCCGCUUUUCUUGGUGGCCCUCAUCCCGUCAAUCCUGGGUAUCUUGCACCUUUACCUGCGACUCGAAAGCCACAAUCGUCUACUCAAGGUCUUUCCAGGGCAAAAACGGGCACAUCUGUCUCGGUAUAUUCGCAACUUAACGACGACGACGAGUUUGAUGAAGUAUCUUUUAUGGGCGAAAGCACCUUUGAUCCUAGAUCUCCUCGUGUUCCUCUUUCAACGUCUCCUCCAAAGAAGAAGGAACAGGCUCUCAAUCCGGACUCUAUGCGUCGUGCACCUACGACGGCCACUACCACUACGAUGGCUAGCUCUGAUACACGGACGGUUUCUCUCUCGCGUCGACGGCCUACUUGCUCUCGAGUCGAUACAACCUCAUCUGCCGACGAACGGAAGAGUGUCAAAGAUCUGAGCCGUGCGAAUACGGCAAAGACGACGAAGACGACGAGAACGACAAAUACCACCACCACCACCACCACGCGUUCGGGAGCGAAUACCGCUAUGAGCUUUAGAAUCGUGGAAGAAUCGCCUUUGCCUACUCCUCUACACAGUCCUCCUGCUAUUGAUGCUUCGGGAUUCUCUUGGGCUGGAGUUGGCGAGAUGCUGUGGGGAAAUGGGGAAGGGAAUCGGAACGGGGGUGGUUCCGAUCGGUAUACGAAUCUACCUGAUCGUGGUGGGAGAAGUCCAGUCAAGAAACGGUCUUUAGGGUCGACUAUGAGUGGUGGUGGUGAUGGUGCAUCUACGAGGACCGGGAGGACGCGAGGUAAAUCUGUUACAACUGCUGGAGAAAGGUCUAGUAGACCUGUAUCUCGAGCUGGAUCGAGUGAGGGCGAGCAAGGUCAGGAAAGAAGAUUGAGGGACUAUUAUGGCCAUGGAGGUCCACAUAGCCAUUCACACCACAAACUACCUCAGAGCCCUCCGCAGGUGACAAGUCCCAAGUUGGAGGGGGACUUGUGUUUCAGCCCGGCUUUAGGGCGGUAA